UCCUGUGUCUGACUUCAGAUCCCCUUUUCCCAGUUAUAUCUCCACUUUUCUGGGACAGGUGGGGAGCAAAAGGGUGCAGAAGUCAGAUCUUGAAAUCACCUGGGGAUUUCCGGGUGAGGCGGGUGGUGAGAAAGGAAACAGCAAGCAGGGCUCUGGCAGCUGCUGCAGAUAGCUUCACACAGAGACCCGGCUGCCAUCUUGCUCUAAGUGAAAGUGAAAGAAAAGUCGGCAGCAGAGGGAACAGAGAAGAACCCAAAGGCCGCGGGCUGGCCAGGUGUGCUUGGAGACCCCCCUUCUCCCGCCGGGCCUCGCAAGCAGCGUAGGACUGUGGAGAAGGGCGGUGGGCAAGGAGGGGACUCGAGAGCAGCCUCCAAUGGGCACACAGGAGGGCUGGUGCCUGCUGCUCUGCCUGGCUCUAUCUGGAGCAGCAGAAACCAAGCCCCACCCAGCAGAGAGGCAGUGGCGGGCAGUGGACGUGGUCCUAGACUGCUUCCUGGCAAAGGACGGUGGGCACCAUGGAGCUCUCGCCAGCAGUGAGGACAGGGCAAGGGCCUCCCUCGUGCUGAAGCAGGUGCCAGUGCUGGACGAUGGCUCCCUGGAGGACUUCACCGAUUUCCAAGGGGGCACGCUGGCCCAGGAUGACCCACCUAUUAUCUUCGAGGCCUCAGUGGACCUGGUCCAGAUUCCCCAGGCCGAGGCCUUGCUCCAUGCUGACUGCAGUGGGAAGGAGGUGACCUGUGAGAUCUCCCACUACCUUCUCCAGAUGAGAGAGACCACUGUUGAGACAGCAGCUUGGUUCAUGGCCAACGUGCAGGUCUCUGGAGGGGGACCUAGCAUCUCCAUGGUGAUGAAGACUCCCAGGGACGCCAAGAAUGAGGCUCUCUGGCACCCGAUGCUGAACUUGCCCCUGAGCCCCCAGGGGACUGUGCGAACUGCAGUGGAGUUCCAGGUGAUGACACAGACCCAAUCCCUGAGCUUCCUGCUGGGGUCCUCAGCCUCCUUGGACUGUGGCUUCUCCAUGGCACCGGGCUUGGACCUCAUCAGUGUGGAGUGGCGACUGCAGCACAAGGGCAGGGGUCAGCUGGUGUACAGCUGGACCGCAGGGCAGGGGCAAGCUGUGCGGAAGGGCGCUACCCUGGAGCCUGAGCAGCUGGGCAUGGCCAGGGAUGCCUCCCUCACCCUGCCCAGCCUCACUAUACAGGACGAGGGGACCUACAUUUGCCAGAUCACCACCUCUCUGUACCGAGCUCAGCAGAUCAUCCAGCUCAACAUCCAAGCUUCCCCUAAAGUACGACUGAACUUGGCAAACGAAGCUCUGCUGCCCACCCUCAUCUGCGACAUUGUUGGCUAUUAUCCUCUGGAUGUGGUGGUGACGUGGACCCGAGAGGAGCUGAGUGGAUCCCCAGCCCAAGUCUCUGGUGCCUCCUUCUCCAGCCUCAGGCAAAGCGUGGCAGGCACCUACAGCAUCUCCUCCUCUCUCACCGCAGAACCUGGCUCUGCAGGUGCCACUUACACCUGCCAGGUCAUGCACAUCUCUCUGGAGGAGCCCCUUAGGGCCAGCACCCAGGUUGUCCCACCAGGUACUGGGAGUGUCCUCCUUUUCCCCACCUCCACACUAGGGCUCAUGGCUCUCCUGCCCCAGCUCAUCUAUGGCCUUGUUCUGCUGCCCAUCCACUUUGUUCAUAGCCCUGGCUUCGUGCUCCUGCCUCUGCUCCUGGCUAUCUUUCCCAAGGCGGCAGCUUCCACAGCUUCUACCACACAUCCUCCGAGACUUCAUUAUACUCCAGCCUCCAGGGUGCCAGGCAAUGUGCUUAAGGCUGGAGAUCACAGAUGAAUAAUUCCUGAUCACGCCCUCCAGGAGCUUAGUCCAGUAAUAGAGACAAGACUAAGUAGACAGAGAAGAUGGCAUUUGAGCCAAGUUAACUAGCUUAGAGGGAAGGGAACACUCAAGAUAGAAACAAUAGCAUAUAUGAAAGCCAAAUCAUAAAACAGCCUAAAGAGAAUUUGGAGAAUUGCAAUUAAUUCAGCACAGCUAGAGCCUAGGGUAUAUGGGAAAAAGGGAAAGUGGCUCUGAAGCUUCGGAGGUAAUUCUAUUUAUUGAGCAUUUACAUGAAUCAAGCACUGUAGAAAGCACUUAAAUGUGUGAUUUCAUGGAUCAUGACUCCCAUUUUACAGGUGAGUAAACUGGCACUUGCAGAUGUCAAUGAAUUUGCCCAAAGUCACCUAUCAAUCAAUGGUAAAGAGAGAAUGUGAAAAACAGGCAACCGGAUUCCCCUUACGGGCUUAAUUAAAUGUUGUAGAUCUCACUGGGCCUUCAAGAGGGAACUUCCUGAGAGCCACAGCAUGCUGUUGAAAGGUUUUAUUUAUUUAUUUAUUUUAUUUUACUUAUUUUUUUGAUACAGAAUCUUGCUCUGUUCCCCAGGCUGGAGUGCAGUGGUACGAUCUCAGCUCACUGCAACCUCCACAACCUGGGUUCAAGCCAUCCUCCUGCCUCGGCCUCCCGAGUAGCUGGGAUUACAGGCACACACCACCACACCUGGCUAAUUUUGUGCUUUUAGUAGGGAUGGGGUUUCGCCAUGAUGGCCAGGCUGGUCUCGAACUCCUGACCUCAGGUGAUCUGUCCGCCUUGGCUUCCCAAAGUGCUGGGAUUACAGACAUAAGCCACCACACCCUGCCUGUUGAAAGGUUCUGAACAGGAAAGGGACAGGAAAGAACCCGCAACUCGAAAUCGAAACAUCCAGGAGCACUGGGCAUUAUUUGCUCGCUCAUUAGACUGUGAACUUCCCCAAAACUGAAGUUUCACCUCAGUUCACAUCAUUCCCCAACUAUUUACAAAAUCCCAGUUAACUGGUGGUUUUUUGUUUUGCUUUGUUUUAUUUUGUUUUGUUUUGUUUUGAGAUAGGGUCUCACUCUGUCACCCAGGCUGGAGUGCAGUAGCACGAUCUCAGCUCACUGCAACCUCUGCCUCCCAGGCUCAAGUGAUCCUCCCACCUCAGCCUCCCAAGUAGGUGGGACCACAGGCGUACACCAACAUACCCAGCUAAUUUUUUGUAUUUUUGGUACACAGAGGGUUUCACCAUGUUGCCCAGGCUGGUCUUGAACUCCUGAGCUCAAGCCAUCCACCCACCUCAGCCUCCCAAAGUUCUGGGAUUACAGGCAUGAGCCACUCUGUCCAGGCAAGUUAAGUGUUAACAAAUAAACCAACCUAAAUCUCACUUGCAAAGCAAUUUUUAAAACCUUGUCCUUAGGUGGAAAGAGGUAGAGAAUUCUGUGUGGAGUAACCCACAAGUAUCCAGCAACCUUAAAUAAGUACAAAUGCUGCUGGAUGCCUUGUUCCAGGCUCCUCAAUCAGGGACUCACACACACACUCCUUAGCUCCUCCUCCCUGGGAUGGACACUGCGGGUGAGGGCUCAGCUUAUGAUUCCUACGCACGAUGAUCCCCGCUCGUGUUGCUCUCACCUACAGAGCGGAGAACAGCCUUGGGAGUCAUCUUUGCCAGCAGCCUCUUCCUUCUUGCACUAUUGUUCCUGAGGCUUCAGAAACGGCAAGGUAAGAGCCAGAGUGCCCUUGGCUGUGGCCCUGGCCCACCUCACCCACUCUAACCAGAGUGCCCUUGGCUGUGGCCCUGGCCCACCUCACCCACUCUAACCACGUCCCCACCCAGACCAGGGUGGAAGCCCACAUGCCCCAAGCUCCAGCCACCCACCCAUCACAGCCUCCUGCUUUCGAGUUUGCCCUAAAUGAAAAUGACACCAGUCGUGUUCCCUCGUUUUCUCCUAGCUACCUCACUAAGGUCUGUCACUCUCCUGCCUCAGAGUAGAAAGAAAGAGUAGUCACGUGCUCCCAGGAGGACUGUAAGUCAAGUCGCAGAGCUAAAAAUGCAUGAAGGUGGCACCAGCUCACGGGGCACUGGGCCUGGCUCUGCAGAGGCCUCUGCCUUCCUUCACUGUGCAUCCUGGGCUCAUGCACCAAGGCAGAGAACAGGAAGAAGUGAGGGGACAACAAGAAGGCAGAAUGUCCAGAUGGAGGUUAAGACCAAAGAGCCAGGUUGGUGGUGCGGUGGUAGGAAAAUAAAGCUGGAAGAAAUGGAGAAGGAACAAGUGACGGACAAUGAGGCACGGGUUGGGGCUGGGCUACCCCUCCCAAACUCAGCUCUGUCAAAAUAAAAGCCUCUUGUGUCUGCUGUGA